AUGGCUCAAUGGUUAAAGGCGCCUGGUCUUGCUAUUGCAUUGACUGAGUUCGAAUACAAAGAGAUCCCCGCCUAUCAUAUGCAAUUUACGAGAGUCAAGGGUUACAACAUUAGUGUCAGAAGUAAGUUUUUUGAUAAAUUGAAAAUUUUCAGCAAUAAAGAAUGCUCAUCAGUUGAAAAACUCGAUACAACUAAUCUGAAGAAAGAACUACAAAAGCGAAACCUCAACUCGAAAGGAGCGAAGGCAGUUUUAAUAAACCACCUAAGGGACGCUCUAACAAACGAAGGUAACAAUCCAGAUGAGUUUGACUUCCCGGAUCCUUCUACAGAAGAAAUAAAAAAUUUUUUCGAUAAACCCAAAAUGAUUAGAAUAAUAGGAUCAGCUUAUGAAAGAACAUCAACUAAUGGAGUGUCAACUGAAAAGUACUCUAAAACAAAAUUAGAUAGCAAAUCGGACGAACGAAAAAUGCACGUGACCGAACCAGUAACAGCUGUAGAAAAUCAUGACAUAAUCCAACUAGCUUAUUCAACUACCAACAACUACAUUAGCAAUCGCAAGUCAAUCCUUCCUACGGGUGAUUUCGACUGCGAUGCGCGUGCUAACUACGACACACGUGAUAUCUGCUACGCACGUGACAACUGUGAUGCACGUGACAACUGUGAUGCAUGUGUUGACGUGCAGAAAGGUAGUUAUCGUGAUGAUGAAGUUGAUGAAGAUGAUGACGAAGACGACAAUUAUUUAAAUGUCAGUGAAGGUGAUGUUAAUGCGAAUAUUCAUUCAGGACAAGAAUUGAUGACAGACGACGAUUCAAGUUUUGGGAUAAUCCUCCCAGCAUGUAUGUGGAAUGGAAGCUUGGUCCUCGUCUACCUGGAUGAUGAUUUCAACGACGGCUUCACUACUGAUGAGGAUGAGAUGUGCAUUGCUGCUUCACUGGUAGACAAGAAAGAUGUCACCGACGAAUCUUACAACAUGCAUAAAAGAUAA